AUCAGCCGCCUCUAAUUGCUUCGUGGCAUUGGCUUGGCCUCCACUAUCCCACAUCUGACAUUCCCGACUCACGCCACAAAGCGGGGUAAAAUGAAUCAACUGCCUGACCUUAACGACAGCCUCUGGACAUACUGAACACAAAACAGUUAAUAAUCUUCGAGAACCAUCACCAUGAGCAUCCGCUGGGGUAUCGGGCAGCGCAGAGACCGCCGUCUGCCGUACAAGGUCGCCGCAGGGCAGACAUGCACUUAUUGCACGGACUAUAUCUUCAACCAAGAACUGUACGAUCAGCUGUCCGCUAAGACAAGCUCGUCAACGGCAGCAAUAGCUUACGCCCGGACGAGCCGUGAUCUCUACGUGUCUGCUCAAGAAGGAUGUCCGUGGUGCUCGGCCAUAGCCCUCGGCAUUAGACACGUGGCGGAUUUCCUCGUCUUCGAAGACAGUGGGGAUGAGGUGACUGAUCCGGCAUGUUGUCGGUUUCCGAUCUCGAAUCUCAGAUGCGAUGCGGAGGUCUCGGUCAUCGUCCGAUUCCGGAAACAUCGUGGUAUGGCGACGUUUGAUGAAGUUGAGCUACAGAUCGAAGUGACAGGCACCCAGGGUGAAGAUUGUCGACUCCCUGAGAUAGGAGGCCCAGAUAUGAUCUUUCUAACCUUUCAGGUUUCUUCCACCGAUCCCCAGUCGCAAGUCUUCCAGCGAAACUGGGGCCGCAUAUCUGCGGACUCGGAUGACUGGGCGACCUCAGCGUUAGACUGGCUCGAAUCAUGCAGCAGCCACCGCCAAUGCCGACCCGCCGGAGGCUUCCACCCCAGUCGACUCAUCGACGUAACCGAUCCACACUCCCCACGGCUCAUCAACCGCGACGAGAUCGCAGCACCCGACGACGUGUACGUCGUCCUCAGCUAUGUCUGGGGCCCCGCGCAAACGUACACCCUCACAACAUCAAGCCACGAACAGCUGCGCCGGGGCUUAGACCCAGCCCGUCUGCCAAAUACCCUGAGAGACGCGAUGGAGGUGACGGCCCGGCUCGGCUUCCGGUACAUCUGGAUCGACGCCCUCUGCAUCAUCCAGGACUCACCGGACGAUCUCGCGGCGGAGCUGCCCCAAAUGGCCAGCAUUUACCGGCAGGGAGCCCUAACAAUCAUCGUGGCAAGCGCCACCAGCGCAGACAAGGGAUUCCUGCUCCCUCCGCAAGGGCUGCACGACCGCUUCACACCUGUGCAAGUAGGCCCGAUCGACGCAGACGAGAAGCGCGGAGUAUCCUUCUUUGUAGGGGACACGUCGAUGCAAGCGCAAGCCUUCCAAAACGAGCCCAUCUUGCUCAGAGCCUGGACCCUCCAGGAGUCCACCAUGUCGCCUCGGCGGUUAUUCUUCGCGAGCGACGGCAUCUCGUGGGAAUGCACCGAGUGUGUCAUCACGUACCUCGGCGCGAGCCCAAUCUUCGACACGGACUUUCUCUCCCUGUGCAAGCGAGCCAACAGGUACAAAGAUGGCCACAGCGAGCUCUACUCCCGCUGGCUGAACCUCCGCGAAGAAUACUGCGCCAGGGCGCUCACCUUCUCCAGUGACAAGUUGAAUGCCUUUUCCGCUGUGGCGUCUGAGAUCGCGCAGACGACAGGCUGGACGUACCUCGGUGGGUUGUGGAAGGAACAUUUAGUUGACGACCUCCUCUGGCGCUGUAAUCCCCCCAAGCCUAGUGUAGCGCCUAGCUGGAGCUGGGCCAGCGUUGCCGAGGGGUGGAUCUAUUCCAUCUAUGAGCCCCACGCGCGAAGUCCAUUUCCUGGAUUUGAGGUGCUCGAUUGCCAGAUUGAAGCCGGGAGAGCGGGUCCGUUCGGUUCAGUGCGAUCGGGUACUCUAGACAUGAAGGGCAUUCUUGUCGACUUGGGGUUGAGACGUGUAUUCAGACCGGAUCGUGUCGAAGAUGCGGAUCUCGCUCUCUUGCAGGGGAGUGAUGAUACGAGCGGGAUGACUGAUGAUCAAGACGUUGUUGCGUAUGGCGUGACCGAUCCGUUGGAUGCUCCGCUCUUGUCGGAUGUGCGGAUUCAGUGCCUCGCGGUCGCUCAGGUCUUGCACCAGGAGAACGUGGAAGGCUUGAUGUUGUUACCGCUUGAGGGGGACGGCGGGUUUCGUCGUAUAGGGUACUUCUGUGCGCAUCGGCCGUCGAUCUUCCAGGGUGUUUCCCCGCGAGUGAUCAGAAUUAGAUAA